CUCCGUCCGUCCCUCAGUCCGUCGCCAUGGCCGACGUGUUCCCCGCGGGCGAGGCGGCCGUGCCGGGCCAGGACGUGGCGAACCGUUUCGCCCGCAAAGGGGCGCUCCGCCAGAAGAACGUGCACGAGGUGAAGGACCACCGAUUCAUCGCCCGCUUCUUCAAGCAGCCCACCUUCUGCAGCCACUGCACCGACUUCAUCUGGGGGUUUGGGAAACAAGGCUUCCAGUGCCAAGUCUGCUGUUUUGUGGUUCACAAGAGGUGCCAUGAAUUUGUUACUUUCUCAUGUCCCGGUGCGGAUAAAGGUCCCGACACUGAUGACCCUAGAAGCAAGCACAAAUUUAAAAUCCACACGUAUGGAAGCCCCACGUUCUGCGAUCACUGUGGGUCACUGCUCUACGGACUUAUCCAUCAGGGGAUGAAAUGUGACACCUGUGAUAUGAAUGUUCACAAACAAUGUGUAAUAAACGUCCCAAGCCUCUGUGGAAUGGACCAUACGGAGAAAAGAGGGCGGAUUUAUCUGAAAGCUGAAGUUACCGGUGAAAAAUUGCAGGUCACAGUACGAGAUGCGAAAAAUUUAAUCCCUAUGGAUCCAAACGGCCUCUCAGAUCCCUAUGUGAAGCUGAAACUUAUUCCUGACCCGAAGAAUGAAAGUAAACAGAAAACCAAAACCAUCCGUUCCACACUGAACCCUCAAUGGAAUGAAUCGUUUACAUUCAAAUUAAAACCAACAGACAAAGAUCGACGGCUAUCUGUGGAGAUCUGGGACUGGGAUCGGACAACUAGAAAUGAUUUCAUGGGGUCCCUCUCGUUUGGCGUGUCAGAGCUGAUGAAAAUGCCUGCAAGUGGAUGGUACAAGUUGCUUAACCAAGAAGAAGGGGAAUACUACAAUGUGCCCAUUCCAGAAGGAGAUGAAGAAGGAAACGUGGAGCUCAGGCAGAAGUUUGAGGAUAAAAGAAUCGGGAAGCAUGAGAAAGCCAAGCUUGGGCCCGCCGGUAACAAAGUGAUCAGUCCAUCCGAAGACAGGAAAUCCAGUGUGCCGUCCAAUAACCUCGACAGGGUCAAACUCACAGAUUUUAACUUCCUUAUGGUGCUGGGAAAAGGAAGUUUUGGAAAGGUGAUGCUGGCAGACAGAAAGGGAACAGAAGAGCUCUAUGCCAUCAAGAUUUUGAAAAAAGACGUGGUGAUCCAAGAUGAUGAUGUGGAGUGUACAAUGGUGGAGAAGAGGGUGCUAGCCCUGCUAGACAAGCCACCUUUCCUAACGCAGCUGCAUUCCUGCUUCCAGACCAUUGAUCGUCUGUAUUUUGUCAUGGAAUACGUCAAUGGCGGUGACCUCAUGUACCACAUUCAGCAAGUAGGAAAAUUUAAGGAACCGCAAGCAGUGUUCUAUGCUGCAGAGAUUUCCAUCGGUUUAUUCUUUCUCCAUAAAAGAGGAAUCAUUUACAGAGAUCUGAAAUUAGAUAAUGUAAUGUUGGAUUCAGAAGGACACAUCAAGAUCGCUGACUUUGGGAUGUGCAAGGAGCACAUGAUGGACGGAGUCACAACCAGGACAUUUUGUGGGACCCCAGAUUACAUUGCCCCAGAGAUUAUUGCUUAUCAGCCAUAUGGAAAAUCCGUGGAUUGGUGGGCUUACGGCGUCCUGUUGUAUGAAAUGCUAGCCGGGCAGCCUCCAUUUGAUGGCGAAGAUGAGGACGAACUCUUCCAGUCAAUAAUGGAACAUAAUGUUUCGUAUCCAAAAUCGCUGUCCAAAGAAGCAGUUUCCAUUUGCAAAGGGUUAAUGACCAAGCACCCUGCCAAACGGCUCGGCUGUGGGCCUGAGGGAGAACAGGACGUCAGAGAGCACGCAUUCUUCAGGAGAAUCGACUGGGAGAAACUGGAGAACAGGGAGAUCCAGCCACCAUUCAAACCCAAAGUGUGUGGUAAAGGAGCUGAAAACUUUGACAAGUUUUUCACUCGAGGACAACCAGUCUUAACACCUCCUGAUCAGUUGGUCAUUUCUAACAUAGACCAAGCCGACUUUGAAGGGUUCUCCUAUGUCAACCCCCAGUUUGUGCACCCCAUCUUACAGAGCGUUGUAUGAACCAAAUAAGCAGGAGCCCCACCCGUCCACCCCCCAACCACCACCCCCUUACCCACCCACAGUGAAAAAUUAAUCUUUAACCCUACAAUUUAAAGGCCUUGGCCACGUCGAUUGUUCCGUUUGUUGGGGGCCUGAAAAUCGGAGGGUUAGAAGUCAAAAUGCGAUCGGCCGUUGAGGGUCGGUUUUGCAUCAAAGGAAAGCCCUAAUGGAAGAUGAAGCGGUGUCAGGUUCCCCGUUUAUUUCCUCAGAAGUCCGAUCCGGUUGUCGACCCCUAAUUAAGUCAGAAUCCUCCUGUUCCUUUUUGGCACGUUUCCGUCUGUUUUCCGUAACUCCCAUUUUGUCCAUAUUCCCAUUGUAUCCGCGUUCCGCAUUGGAAUUCCCCCACCCUAGAAUUUAGGAUGAGGCCACCAGUGUCCAUUAGGCGAGAAAACCCGGGAUUUUGGGUGCAGCCCGAAGAGAAGCACUGGAGGCUCCUCGGACCGAACGGCUCCCCGCCGACGGCUUUCGUCGCGACGGGAGGGUCGUGGCCCACCGGAUCCCACCAGGCGAGAAGGGAGAGAGCGGCAGCUUCGCCUCGCAACACGGCAGCCAGAAAGCACCCAGGCCUUGGUGACGGCCACCCCAGGUAUCCGUCGGAAAAGGCAAAACGCGCAAAAGAGCUACGGCACUGGGUCCCGGGAUGCCGUCGCAAUACAUCCUGCCGGGUUCGUGACUAGUUUCGAAUCUCAUUUUGAUGACGAGGCCAAAUGUGUUCAGAACAAUUCUAAGAGAGCAUGUGUAAUCGUUUCGGAGAAUGGAUCGAGUUGUAUAUUUAUGUUCAUCUCAAUCUCUACGAGAUUAUUCUGAGAUUCAGGGUGCCAUUGUUAGUUAUGCCACUACUCAAGAGCAUCGUAGCCAACCUCGCGACUACUCAGAUUUUGCUACCGACUUUGUUAAACCUAGUGAGAAAUGAACUGUAAGUCCCCUUCCCAUUUUGUACUUAUUUAUUUGGUAGGCUGCAGUAGAAUUUAUGAAAGUACUAUGUACAGAAACAGAACGAAAGUAUGGAGUAUCGCUUCGGCCCUGUCGGCCUUCUCCCACCUCUCUAUGCCUCUGAGCUAAGUUAGAGGGGAAAAGAAGAGGAGAGCGGGUUUCCUAUUUCCUCUUGAUCUGUCAAGACACACCUAGAGCUGUAGAAUCAGGGAGCCUGAAUGAAAAUCAGUUGGGGGGGGAAAAAAAGAUGUUGCUAGAAAGGAUUUAAUAUGUUUUGCAUAUGCAUCAUGCAAUGAAUUUUGCCUGUUUCUAAUAACCUUAAUAACAAGUAAAUCUAUAUUAUUGACAUAAUUGUAUCAAGUAUAAAGAUAGUAUUAUGAUAAUUUUAUAAAACAAUCUGUGCUAUAUAUGUGGCGGUUCUUGUUUCUGAGCAGCUAGAUUAAUUUAGAUUUAGCCUAAUGUUUUACUGCUGAGCUUUUUUUCCUAAUACAUAUCUUGCAUAUAGUCAGUGCUAGCAAGUGUAUUAGGGUUGCUUUGUAUUUUGUUUUCGUUCCUUAAACAUAGGAUGACUUUUACAAACGAAUAGCUGCUUGCAGGUUUGAUACGUGCUUCGAUUUGGCUUUGGUUACGCCUGCUUUUACCUGUCAAAAAAGGUUUUGUUUGGGGAAUCUUUUUGAAAUGAGAAACUUUUCUUUUCUGCAGCCUCCUUCGGUUCGGAUGCAAUACUUCUCCUUAGCGUUAACCGAUUCCAAGAGCUAAAAGGUGUGUUUCCCGGGCUCCGGUCUGGCCGCACCUUGUUGGGCUAGCGGUUCAUUUCUUCCCCCGCAGCCUCGUUCCCGCCGACGAGGCAAAGGUGGGGGUGGUGAACCGCCCUUUUCCUUGGCCCGCAUGGAAGGCUGGAAGCAUGCCCUCUGCACUGCUGCACACAACCACCCCACUCCCUUUCCGUGCAUGUAACCUGCUCUCGCGAGUCGUACGAUAUUGCUGUAGUCAGUUGCCCCGUCGCACCGGACCCCGAGAUGGAGGUGGGCAAAGCCAGGGGGAAGGAGCAGGGAUGUCCCGAGUUGUUUGUGCCACGCUGUGCCAGCCAAGGGCUCCUGCAGAGGUGGGGUCUUCCCCUUUAGAAAUCAGAGUCACCCAGAGGCCAGCACCCGCCUUGGGAAACAGUUCCCAGCUCUAUGCCUCCAUACUUGGCUCUGGAUCUUGGAAGCCGUUAAAUUGGAUGUGUGUCGGUGCAAGAGCUCCCGAAGGAGCCCGCUGACUGCCGCCAGUAGAGACUGUCUUUCCAGGAGGCAGGGACAGAGAAGGAGCUUGAGAAGGGUUCGGCGAGAAGCCCAACUGCGGUGCAGGAAUUCAGGAGAUUCCGUCUCUCGUGGGGGGAAGGAAGGAGUUCUGAGAAGGAAAAGGCAAAUGCUGAGCAGCCAGUAGAGUGCCCUGCCUCCAGAAGUGCUCAGUAAAUACUACUGAUGGGGUAGAAAAACGUCACCGCAGAGGCUGUCAGGCCCAGUGGUGGAGGCAGGAGAGGGGUUUGGCAGGGGAAUGUCUGUUCCCGAGGAAAUUUCCUUGGGGGAAGAAAUCUGAAGCUUGGCUGAGGCAUGUCUCUUCUAUUCUCUGACUGUCCAUUUGCAUUUUAAGACAGGAGAACACACCCCCAAGACUUGGCCUUAAAAGGGCCGGCUAGCACAGAGACGGAUUUCCAAAUCAUUCCAUUGGAAACUGUUUUUAACCCCAGAAAGUUGGACAUCCCAGCUGGCUUGAGCUUUUUCUGAUGCACUUGUGGGGAAUGAGAACUUCCUUUAACUUAGCCCCGGACUCCGAUCUGAGAAAUUUUCAAGGCCACGGCUUUGAUGAGAACAUCCUUGAGAGGAGUGCUGGGUUGGGGAACUGGCACCUUCCUACCCAGUAUUAAACUUUGUUCACUUAGCAGGGUGACCACCCUGAGAUAUGGGGUCGACCUUAUAAUGAUUUUAGUGUUUGCUAAGCAUUUCCUAUGUGCCAAGUACUGUGUUAAGAGUUGGAGUGGAUCCAAGGUCAUCAGGUCUGACCCCAUCCAUGUCCCACCCACCCGGGGUUCAAAAUAUAAAAAAAAGGGAGAGCAGGACUCUUAUCCCCAUUUCACAGAUUUGGAAGCUGAGGUACUGAGAGAUUAAGUGGUUUGCUCAGGGUCAGAGGGUGGUUUUUCUUACGUGCUUACUACGUGUCAAGCACCAUACUAAGCACUCGGGUAGAUACGAGAUACUCAGGUCCCAGGAAGAGGGAGA